GUUCUAACGACAAUGACAGACUCUACCCUCGACUACGCGGCCUACCCUCACCUCGUCGAGGCCAUCGUCUCCUACGCCUCUCUCACCGCGCUCGUCUCGCUCCGCGCGACAUGUCGUGCCCUCCACGCCCUCGUCGACGCCCGACUCUUCACCCACGCCCAGCUGCACGACUUCCCAAACACGAGCGACGACUGGUCCUCGGCCGUGACGUACGGCCUGACGCUACCACUGAGGAGCACGAUCCCGCACACCUCACGCAUGCCGCACCUACCGCGCGCGGCGGCCGCCGUGUCCACCCUCGACGUGUGCUUCGAGCUCGUGCCCCCCGUCGUCGCGAAGCGGUUCACCUCGUUGCGUACCCUCCGCCGGCGGCUCAACUGUGUCGCCCACUUUGACGACCCGUUUCUCCGCGUCGAGACGGCGGUUUACUUCAUCACCGUGCCCGCGCAGUACAUCGUCGUCGCGCGGCUGCCGCGCUCGCUCGACCGCCUGGUCCUUCACAUCAAGCACGAGGGCACCGGAUCCCCCGCGCGCGGCUUUCGCCUCGUCUCAAACGAGCACAAUAUUCAGCAGUUCGAGUUCGUCAUCUGGCCGUCACCGCGUACCCCACCAGCCGUGUGGUUCUUCCAGGCCAUGUUCGAGACAGUCGACAGCGGGCGCGCGAACGGCACUGGCUCCGACUUUUCCAUCACUCUUGCGGGGCUGGAGAAGGUCUAUCCGUCUCUAUGGGAAGGCUCGCCCGACCUCGACCACGCAGCCGACGCUGAGGGAGUCAAGCGCGCCAUCCGAGACUGCCUCCACACAGCGUUGGACCUCGGACACGUUACCCGGUCUAACCAGUCCGCAUUCAUCGUCGACGCCAUUUGUGACAGGCUUCGUGUGCUGACGCUGGAGGAAUGGCAGUCAGAGCUUGGCGACAGGCUUGAGCUCGAGGGCACAUGGAUGGAGCCCGGGGUGGUGAGCCCUUCCUGUGGUGACAUGCUGACUGAGUGCAGUGAGGCGAUGACGACGCCUCGCAGCGACAGACAUGCCCAAGGCUAGGCCGCAUGAUCAUAACCCAGAACAACUUAUGUCCUUCCAUUGUCACUCAUUCUCUUUUCCAAACAUCGUCCAUCCCGCCUCUCCACUCCCAUGAAGGCAUUAGACAGGUUCAAGCUCGCCCAGAAUGCUCGCCGCCGACGAGCAACGUCGUCUCGCGGGGUCAUCGACCCCAGCGCGUUCCCGCACAUCAUGGACGCCAUCAUCGAGAACGCCGACAUGAUGGCCCUCGUCGCUCUCCGCGGGACGUGUCAGCGUCUUGGACGGCUGGUUGACAAACUGCUCUUCACGCAUGCCCAAUUGGUCCUGUAUCCUGCACAGCAGGCGUAUGGCAUCCACACACACCGUCCACUUGCAUUCCUGACACUACCGGUCAACACGACUGUUCGCACCGCCUCUACAUUCCCCGUCCUCCCGUGGUGCCCUGCCGCUGUCAAGAUCCUCGAUGUCCUCCGCCCCAACGGUGACCCGGCAUGGACGACCACGGUAAAUCUCGCCUUGGCUGCCGAGUUUACCUCGGUCCACACUGUGCGGCAGCAGCUCGAGCCGUACUGGGAUAUUGCACACUACUUUCCCUCCAACCACACAACCGUCUACUACGAUGUCGUCCCACCGCGGUUCCGCCGCAUUGGCUCAGGAACACAGCACUACUCUCCAGAUCGCGCAGUGUAUCACUUCCGGCCUGAUGACGAGUCCGAUCAUGAGCCUGUUUCGUUCGCCACCGCCUACCUGUGCACCGACUUCGUCUUUGUUUUCUGGCCCUCCUCGACCGUACCACCCUUCGACUGGCCGUUCGCGAGGAUGCAACAUAUCCUGCGUGAGUCAGGAACUCGCGAACACGGCGGCACGACCGCCAAUAUCCGAGGACGACGCAAGGCAUCUUCAUCCUUCAUCAACUCCUUCGUCGUUGUUGGCAUUCAGAACGUGUGCCCGGACCUCGUCCGCUACGAACCGGACAGCCCAGAGAGUAGUCCCCUCACUGAUGUCGAGAUCCUGCACGAAAUCAUCAGCGCUAUGCAGGUCCCCCUCAGAAUCGGUGACCGUCUUCGAGAGUGCGGCCGUACCAUAUCCCUCGAGCAGUGGAUGGAGGAGCUUGGCGACCGAGCCGCUAUCGAGGGGGCAUGGAUGACACCCCGGGAGGCUCCGCUGAAUCCGCCUCAUCGGAGACAUGAUGGCUCCAUGCCCGCUGUCGAUGGCCAGGCUGAUGGACGGCACGCUGGAUCAACACCAUCGGCACUCGAGGGCGGGGGGCAACGGCUGGACUUCCACGUCGCUUGUUUUCUUUCUGCUUUCACUCUCUCACUCAACUCCUGCACGCUCGGAAUGCCCGCCACGCUCGACUACAGCGCCCAUCCGCACAUCAUCGAGACGAUCGUGCGCUGCGCCCCCGUGGCGGCGCUGAUCCCCCUCCGGGCGACGUCCAAGGCGAUCCAGCCGCUGGUCGACGCGAUCCUCUUCGACCACGUCCAGCUGCAGCCGUUCCCCGCCGACGGGAAGGACUGGGCCUCUGGCGCAGUCAUCGGCCUUACUCUACCAGCCGACACGAGCCUGUCCGUCUCGUCCCCCCUUCCCCGGCUGCCGUGGGUACCUGGCGCCGUGCGCAUGCUCGAUGACACCAAGACGUGGAACGACGACGACGAGUACGCUAUCACGAACGACGCGUUCAGCUCGCUGCAGACUAUCCGGCAGCUGUGCACUGACGACUACGCAUACGACCACAACCUCUCCGACGUGCCCACUGCUGUCCUGUUCGUCGACGCGUCUCGUUACCAUCAUACCAUCUAUCCGUGUUCGAAGCGCAUGGUCGCCCACAUCCGCGGCGGCGGCGGCAAUCCCCCCGUAGUGGAGACGGCAUGUCACGACAACGUGCGCGAGUUUGUCUUCGUCUUCUGGUCGCCGAUGAACAGUGUGGCUUGGUGCCUUGACGUCGUCAUUGGCGCACUCUAUACCCAGCGCCGCAAUAGUGAGACGAUCCCCGAGUCGAUCGAGGUCGUCGGCCUCGACCUUCCCCCCCACACCGCUACCUCCAGUGAGCGGAUACGCGCACAGAAUGCCCUGGAAGGAAGGUUUGGGGCCAAGCUCCACGGGUUACACGACCAAAGUGACGACCACACCGAGUGGGCGUACGAAAUGGAGCAACGCCUCCUAUUUCACACCAUGGACGAGUGGCGCGCUACACUCGGCGACCGCCUAUACCUCGAGGGGACGUGGAUGCAGCCACGGCCGGGGCCUGAUUCCAACGGCAAAUGGCCCGAGACUGAAGAAUCGGACUCGGACUCGGACGAAUAGCGCGGCGCCGGCGGUCGCUUCUGCCCGCUCCGCCGCAAUGCAGGGUCGUAUGGGCCAGGGGUAUCGGAUGCAGCUCUUUCCAACCCACUCCAACAUCCAUGCCGCCGAGUGCUGCUACGGGGACG